AUGGGAAUCCUUGCCAAAUCAUCUGGCUUUCUAAGUGGUAUCCAAGAGGUUCAGGUGGCAACUGGGGGUGAUUGGGAAUCCUGCUGUCAUGUGACAACUCAGGUCUUGGUCUUGGUUCCACACUCCUCUCUUACAGAUGCAAAAGUGGCUCCAGAUGAAUGUUUUGAGAUUAACAGGAAUGGCGGUAAAUAUGGCUACUGCAGAAAGGAAAAUGGUACAAACAUUCCAUGUGAACCAGAGAAUGUAAAAUGUGGCAGGCUCUACUGCACAGGUGGUAGAGAGUUCCCUACAUAUGGAGAAAAGAUCGUUUUUGGUUCGUGCAAAGCCAGCCAUUAUGAAUUAAUUGAUGAUAUUGGAAUGGUCGAUCCAAUAACAAAAUGUGGAGAAGGAAAGGUCUGCUUCCUCGGGAAGUGUCUUGAUGCAUAGACAACCUUUGGAUGAACAAUUUGCUUCUCUCAAAUUUGAUUUUGGAGAUUGUACUUUCGGAAGUCCAAAGAACCAUUUCCCUUCAUUCUAAUCAUCAAUCACUCUUAGCUUUUAGACGGCAUCUAAAAUAUUUCUUCUACCUAUUUAAUCUUACACCCUUUUGCUGUAAUUAAUUUUUUCCCCUGCCACUGAGCUCCACGGCUAUGUCCAACAUCAAAGGGACAUUUACAUUUUUGUCUUUUGCCGAUUUCAAAUCAUGUUUUAAUGCAACAUUCUGCCUUUUGAGCCAGUGCAUCCAAAGGCAACACUUCUUGUUCCGAAAUGUCAUGCUGAUUCCAAUAUGUAACUGCUUUC